GCACUAGAACUAGAAGAGAGUGGCAUAAUUAGGUAGAGCUUUUGCAUAUCAUCACCGCAUUCAUCGCCAUCAUCAUCAUCGAUAUCAUUACCAUCAAGCUAGCUAGGGUUAAGGGAGAGAUGUCCCAGAAGGUAGCAGCCGAGGAUAGUCCAAAGGCGUGGUCGGGUCCGACCGCCAAGGAGCCGCUGGUGGCGGCGGUGGUGGUUAGAGAGUACGAGGAGGAGAGAGACAAGGCGGGCGUGGAGAGAAUGGAGAUGCGAUGCGAAGUCACGGGACAGAGAUCGGGACCAGACAACAAGAAGAAGGCGAAGAGGAUGAAGAAGAAGAAGAAGGCAAUUCUGGUGACCGACCUCUUGGGCGACCCCCUCUGUCGCGUCCGAAGCUUCACAUUGCAUGUCAUGCUGGUUGCGGAGUGGGGAGAGGGUGGAGAAAUAGUUGGGGUGAUCAGAGGGUGUAUCAAGAGAGUGAAAAUUAGAGGGAACAACAAUAACCCAUCGUCGUCGUCAUCAGAUUAUGUGACGGCUGCUAAUGUUCUGGGGCUCAGGGUUUCUCUUUCUCACAGGAGGCAUGGCAUUGCCACAAGACUGGUCCAAGAAAUAGAGAGAUGGUGCAAGCGGCACGGUGCGGAUUACGCCUACAUGGCCACGGAUGCCACCAACGCACCCUCCCUCAAACUCUUCACCACCAAAUGCGACUUCACCAAGUUCCGCACCCCGACCCUGCUGGUGCGACCUGUCCACGCUCACCGCGAACCGCCGGGCCCGGACGUCUCCAUUGUCCGGAUCGCCCCGAGGCUUGCCGAGUCGAUGUAUCGGCACGUCCUCGCUGGCUCCGACUUCUUCCCCGAGGACAUGGACGAGAUUGUCGCACACGCCCUCAGUUUGGGCACGUUUGUGGCGAUCCCCAAGGAGUCGGCCCACACGUGGGACCCGGAGUCGGGGACAUUGCCACCGUCGAGUUUCGCCGUCAUGAGCGUGUGGAACACCAAGGGAGUGUAUAACCUCCGAGUGAAGGGCGCUUCCAGGCUCAUGCACGCGUGCUGCGCCGGGAGCAGAAUGCUGGACUCGUGCAUGCCGUGGCUGAGGAUACCUUCGUUCCCCGACGUGUUCAAGCGAUUCGGGUUCUACUUUCUGUAUGGUUUGUACAUGACGGGGGAACACGGGCCGAGCCUGAUGAAGUCGCUCUGCGAUUUCGCGCACAACAUGGCGAAGGACGACGCCGGGUGCGGCGCCGUGGUCGCCGAGGUGGGGCCGGAGGACCCGGUCAAGGCAGCGAUCCCUCAUUGGAAGAGAUUUUCGUGGUCGGAAGACGUAUGGUGCAUCAAGCUCCUUCAGGAGGAACUCGUCCAAAAAUGUGGGGGUUUGGAUUGGGUUCACAUGUCUAAGGGUCAAUCCCCAGUACUCUUUGUUGACCCUCGAGACGUUUGA